CGAAUUAGGUCCGAAACACUCAUUCUGUCAAGAUUUGACAUCUAUUGGAAGAAGGAGAUAUGCCUUUGACGCUUUGAAUUCAUCAACUACUUUAUAAACCACAGCAAAUCCAACUUGUCAAAAUUAGAAGUCAACUGUUCUAUGGCUGUACAGAAUAGUACCAGAUCUCCUAUAUCCAGAUUCGCCGUGCAGGAAGCAACAACAAGAGCAGCUGCUGGAGGAAACGAGACAUUGUUUUAAAAGGACAGAGGGGGGCGCCGGUAACAGCAUUAAGAGAGAUUGAGAGUGAGGCCAGAGAGGUCCCAGCAGGAAGAGGACAUGAUGGGACUUGCUGGUUGUGAGCUCUUUCGCGUCUUGACAACUCCUGUCCAGUUUCCAUGUCGCACUACAGUAUCCGCAACGAGAGCGUUAUUUGCAAUUCCGGACAGAGAAGAUGAUCGAAGAAUUCGUUCAUUAUCGGCUCUGCGGGACGUCCACUAUUAUGUCUGCCCUGCUCUCUUAUCUCGGGUCCCCGCAUUUACCACAGGUCGGAGGUGAAUACUCUCUUAUCGCUUCUGCCUACACGAAUUCGGUUCUUCACCGUAACAUUUGUCAACGUACCAGCUGAUAGUAUAUCAUGGGAGCGUCGGAGACCAGUUGCAAUGGCAGGUGCCCUUUCUGAGGUUUCACCGGCCACGAUAGUGGGGCUUUCAACUGCCUUAAGUUUUGUGCUGCUUCGUGCGUUUGUCUAUUUCCGUAUGGAGUACAUCAUUGCUUCAAUGUUGGGCAGACAUGUUCCCCGAGGCGGGGCCAAGGUUGUUGAGCUAGACAUACGUGAAGGAAGAAAUAUGUAUUACUAUCCUUCUGACACAGUCCAGGUGGUGGCUGUAAGUAGUAAUCCCAAUCGGACGCUUCUAGAAAAUCAAGCUAUCAAAGCAGGAGUUCCCAUCCAGAUCAAAUUAAGUGGAGCGAGUACUCUGGGACUUCCUGCCAACACCAUGGAUGCGGUGGUUAGUGUCAAAGCCUUUUGCAACAUUCCGGAUGCAGAAGUGAAAAACACACUGCGCGAAGCUAUUAAAGUUCUUCAACCUGGAAAGCCUUUCAUUUUCGUCGAGCCUGUUGGAGCCAAAAAUCCUGUAGUUAGAGCGGCACAGAAUGGCAUACAAGCCAUUUACAAUUUUACCAGGUCCAAAAGAGUGGUUACGCGCGAUCUUCUGCAGUAUAUACAGGAGAUGGACGGAUUGGAAGAAGUAGAAUACGAAGAAAUUUUUGGGUUUUUCGAUCCACAACUGGUUGGUGUCGCAAAGAAGAAGCCCACAGACAAAGUGAAUCUUGAAAAAGCUUCACAGGAAAGUCCUUCGGUUAAACGAGGUUUCAAGAAAUCGAAAGCUUGAGGAAAAAUAUUGACUUAGCAGCUGUACAUUAUUGUUUGCCUCGAAAUUCAAAGCGGGCAUUAAAUCACACAAGUCAUUAACCUUGAUUUUGCAUGUUAACCACUGCAAAAACUUGGCAAUCCAAAGAUGGAAGAUUGUAAAGUUUGAAGUAACCUGAUUCUCGAAAUCAGACAUCGUUAUCAGGACCUGGGAUCUUAACA